AUGAGUGGCCUGGAAGACCACAGUACAACCAGCGACGAUGUCCGACGGCAACUUUCCCAGUUACAGAAGAGCCAUGCAAAGCUAGAAAAGAGAUAUCAGAAGCUUCAAGAGAUUGGCGUGAAGCAAGCCGAGCACAACUUUGAACAACUCAAGGCGCAAGCCGAGGAGAAUACUCGAGUGGCCAACGAAUUGAUUGCGCAGCUCAAGGAAGAGGUGGCCGAGCAAUCCAAGUCCAUCCAGCGAGCAGAGCAGCUGCAGUCGCGGCUAGACCAGAGCGAGACUGAGGUGGAGGAUUUGCGCGCCCAGCUGUCGGCCGCCAACCAGUCUCUGGCGCACGCCCGAUCCGAGACGAAGAAUCUAUACACAAGACUGGCAGCGGCUAGACAAGGCGGCGAAACGAGCAGCAAAGGACCGACGACGGGGAACCGGGCGGCCCAAAGCGAACAGGAAAGCAAGCGGGUCGCGCAGGUCAGAGAAGACUUGUAUGCAGACUUGACGGGUCUCAUCGUCAGGGAUGUGCGCCGUGUUGACAAGGAGGAUGUCUUUGAUUGCAUCCAGACUGGACGCAACGGGACUCUUCAUUUCAAGCUUGCGCUAGAAGACAUGGAAGCAGCCGAAAGCUACGAGGAGUUGCAGUUCACAUACCGCCCGCAGCUGGACGACGACCGCGACAGCGAUCUGAUCGAAGUCCUCCCCGACUACCUCACUGAAGAAAUUACGUUUCCUCGGCAUCAGGCAUCCAAGUUUUAUGCCAGAGUAAUAAAGGCGCUGACGGAACGCGUAGAUAAGGAUUGA